GCCUCUAGCUGGUUUUUACUCAACUCCUGUCCUGAUAUCACUCCGCUGGCAUGGUGGAGAAGCGGACCUGAUUAUUGUGAUGGUGGCAGGCGGCAGCCAGUGACUACAGACUUCCGCCACUGCUUCCCAUAUCCGCGUUUUGUGCCGUCUGGGCUACUCUCGUUGCCUCACAACCGGACUACCGAGGGCGCUUGUGCUAUUUCCCGUACCUCAACAACAUCUUCACCGGGAUUUCUUUCAAACCAAAACCAUAUGAGAUGCAAGUUCACUGGGAAACUCCGGAGCCCGUUCGGUUCAGGCAGCAAAACUUUUUCUCAAAGGACGACACCGUAAAACGGCGAGUGGACUGUUGCUGCUGCUGCUGCCACUGCUGCCCCUCAGUGGGACGGUUUGUGUAUAUAUGACCGUAGAGUUCAUGCUAACGUUCACGGUAUUGUUUAUUUUUCAGCGGGGUAGUUGUUAGCAGCGUGGCAGCGGCUUUAUUGUUUAAUUCAGUUUGGGGCUUGCUCGGUCUUACUCUAGGCUGGGUGUUAUUUGUGUUUUCGGGAGCGGUUUGUUUGGAAACAGUGCCGAGGAGGGAAGAAGAAACGUUCACUUGCGACCCCUUAACCGUACGACUACUAGGCUCGAAGCCCUUUAAACCUCCCCGGUUGUUGCUCGCUUCCGCGGCUGUUUUCGUUCGUACAUUCCGUCCGCUGUCCGGCUGCUUGGGACCCUUCGCCGGAGAGGACAGAGAGGGAGAGGACACUAGGUGGUGGAGGUGGAGGUGGCCGGGGGAGGAGGUGGCGGUGGUGGCGGUGAGCUUGACGGGGAGAAAAGUUCUUCCAAAAUAGCAGCCACUCGGCCUAGUGAUGGGGGACUUCGCCUCCCCCGCUGCCGGACCCAACGGCAGUAUCUGCAUCAACAACAGCAUGAACCCGGCCGCCGGGAGCGUGGUGGCCGCCGGGGCGGUGGGCAUACCUAAGCACAGCACGGUCGUGGAGAGGCUGAGGCAGCGGAUAGAGGGCUGCCGGAGACACCACGUAAACUGCGAGAACAGGUACCAGCAAGCGCACGCCGAGCAGCUGGAGAUAGAGCGGAGGGAGACGGUCAGCCUGUACCAGCGGAGUCUGGAGCAGAGGGCCAAGAAGUCGUCCGGCGGCAGCAGCAAGCAGCCGCAGAGCAAGCAACCGGACCCGGACUCUGCCUCCUCCACGGAACAGAGGAAUAACACGCUAAUAGCGCUCCAGGAGACUGUAAAGAGGAAACUGGACAGUGCACGGUCGCCCCUCAAUGGAGAACAGAACGGCAUCUGCGACGGAGGCAGCUACUCGCCGACUACCAAACGGGUACGGAAGGAGGGCUCCGGUGGUUUGGACUCACUGACGGGUCUCCCUAACAACAACAAUAACAACAAUGUCCCGCCCAUCUCUCCACUGCAUCACCAAAUGGACAUUAAGCCCUUGCUUGGCGGGCCCAACACUUCCACCGGAAAAAACACUACAAACAGCAACGGCAACCACGUAGGCCAGGCGUCAGACGAGCUGGGGAAGAACGGUGGCAACCAUCUCCAGGACAUGAAGCUGAACGGCUCGUUGGACCUGGAGGACAGCUUCGGCCUCCUCAAAGACCUGAAACAGGAGCCGCUGGACGACGGGGGCGGGAUGGAGUCCUCUGAUCCCCAGUCUCUGUCCAAUCAGAACAAACUGUUCUCUGACAUCAACCUCAACGACCAAGAGUGGCAGGAGCUGAUCGACGAGCUGGCCAACACAGUGCCAGAGGACGACAUGCACGACCUCUUCAACGAGGACUUUGAGGACAAGAAAGAGGCAGAGUUCGGCCGGCCGGGAAACAAUCAGACACCAGGCCCGCAAGAAGCAGCCGGGAACACGACGGCGCCGCCAGCGGCGGCCCUGCCUCCUCCUCCUCAGCCUCCACAGGGAGGCCCACAGGUUCCCAUGGGCUCUCCGCAGGUCCGACCAUCUUCGUCAGGCCCGCAGUUUGCCACCACUGCCAAUGGAACGCCUCCUCAGCAACCUUUGCAGCAGUCUCCAGCCGUUGCCAUGGCAUCGGGUUCCCCGUUGCACAACUGUGUGGCUCGCUCCCCUCAGACCCCAACCCAGGCUCAGACGCAAGCAGUCUCUAGGCCUGGGAACGGAUACAUGAUGAACCCAGGCCCUGGGGUCAGUCAGGCGGGCACAGGACCCGGAGCGGCUGGAGUCGCCCCUGGAGGUCAGCCUGUAGGGCCAGUGACGCCGGAACUUUCUCCAGCAGAGCAGCUCAAAGCAAUGGCUCAGCAGCGGGCUAAACUGCUGCAGCAAAAGCAGCAGCAACAAGCAGCCAACUGGUCCCCUGCAGGUGCUCCAACCAGUCCCUAUAACUCUGGUCCCUUUAACCAAGACAAACCCAACAGCCCCAUGAUGUACCCACCGCAAGCCUUUAACACGCCACAGGGCCCUCUAGUGACUGGGAUGGCCCCCAACAAUGGGCCCAAAGCCCCCAUGAACAACUACCUCCCUCACAACCACAUGGGCAUGAUGGGCCAGCAGCAGCCAAACAGCAUCAACCAGAACGCCCUGUCCAAACAGCAGCAGCAGCAAACGGCGGCCAUGUUGUCCUACAACAACACUAAACCGCUGAGUCACUUCAGCGGCAGCGGGGUCGAUCACCUAGGCCAGAGGAUGACUCCUCCCAUGGGAGGGAACAAUCAGGUCAAGAACCCCAUGAUGCCUCCCUACAUGGGCGGUGCGGGAGGCGGUGGCCAGGGGGCGGGGCCAGGGCAGACCCAGGGGCCGAUCCCAGGACAGACGGCCCACCUGAGUGAGGAGCAGAAGAGGAUGUUGCUGAUGAAGCAGAAAGUGUUGAACCAGAACAUGCCCUACAGCGCCAUGCAGCCUCACGGACAGGAACAAGGUGUGGUGGGAAUGUCACGGCCACCGGGCGCCAUCCCGCCUCCUCACCCUGCUGGGGGCGUGGCCUCAGGGGUGGGGCCCAACCAGGGGUCAGGACCACCUCCGGGCUACGUGGGCAACCAGCAGCAGGCGGCCAUGAUGAAACAGAUGAUAGCGAUGGAGCAGGAGAAGAGGGUGCAGAUGCACAUGAUGGAGCAGCAGAAACAGCAGCUCUUCAGAGAGCAGAGACAGCAGCAGCAGCAGCAGCAACUCCUGGCCGAGCAGCUCCAACAGCAGCAGCAUCUCCCCAGACAGCUGGGCCAAGGCCAGAGGAAUCCAUACCCCCAAGUCAAUCAGUACCAAGGCCCUCCUCAGGACUUGGCAUCCAGAAGCCAGGCGCUCCAGAACAUACGGGCCGCCCGUCUCCUACAACAGCAGCAGCAGAACCAGCAGCAGAUGGUCCAGAUGAGUUCUGUACAGGGCCAAGGGGGCUCCGUGGGACCCCAAACUGACAUGGGCUUACCCUACGGCAACCAGGGGUCCAACCAGGGUUCCCUGUACGGCCUCAACCCCUCCAUGAGCCAGAUGAUCCACCAGCAGCAGCAGCACCAGAGCCAAAGUGUCCAAGCCUCCAUGGGUCUUCCACCGCAGCACAACCCCGCCGCAGGGCCGCCCCGGCAGGCAGGUGCAGGUCCUGGGGUCGGGGGUAUGCCCGGAGGCCCCGGAGGUGCUGGAGCUGGAGGGUAUGGCGGACAGGGGAUGUUAAUGAACUCCAUGAGCCAGCAACCCCUCAAAGGCCCUCCCAACGCCAAAGCCCAAGCUCAGAGACUACAAAGCAUGCUGGGAGCAGGAGGAGGAGGCGGGGGAAUGGCGGCGGGUGGCUGGCCGCAGCAGCAAGGACAGAGUCUGCAGGCCAUGGGGGGAGGAGUCGGAAGGACUACAGGAGCUGGGGGAGGAGACAUGGUGGGGUUCAGCUCCAGCCAGGGUUACGGCAUGCAGCCGGGUCAACCCCCGCGCAUGGCCAAGCAACACUUUCAGGGUCCGGGCCAGGGGAUGAGCCAGGGAAUGGACCCCAGAGUGGGCAACCCAGCGGCCGGUAUGGGGGGCCCAAUGAUGGGCCCUCACAUGGGCGCUCAGCCCAGGACCAACCAGCCCCGGCCCAUGGUCAUAAACCAGGGGAUGAACCAGGGGGUGAUGGGCCAGGGGAUGAGUGGGAUGGGGGGGUUUGGGCCGGGCCCUGGGGGGCCUGGAAUAGGGGCAGGGGGGGGAGGAGGUGGACCCUAUGGACCAGGGGGAGUAGGGGUUGGAGGUCAGCCACCGGGCUACCAGAGGACAGCCAAUCAGGACAUGUCAUCCUAUGGAUAUGGGGGCGGGCCCUCAGGGGGAGGAGCCUUCGGAAUGGGCGAUGGCUCAGGGGCAGAGCUGGACUCAAGCGAUGGUUGGAUGGAGGAGUUUUUCCCGAGCCAAUAGCCAAGGGGGAAACUGGAGCGGAGUUUUUACUGGAUGAACUAAACUAAAAGUAGUAGGACAAAUGUUCAAACCUGAGAGUCAAACAAAAAGGAGGACAUGAUGUGGACUGGCAUGUUUUUGUUUUGUAAAACAUGAGCAAGGUUAUAAAUGAGUUCCUGUGUUAUGUUUUGUGUGUCUGUGUGUGUGUGUGUCUGUCUGUCUGUGUGCGUGUGAGAUGGAGAGCGCGAUCAUUAUGUCUCGUGCAUAUUAAUGAAAAACCAAUAUAGAGAUGAAGAGGUGCGUUUCAUUAGUUUCCCUCUUUCUCCGCGGAAUGAAUUUUGCUCAUGUCCCAGUGUUUGAAAGCGAGCCCCGUUUACACGACAGCGCUCUGAGCCCGAGCUUCAGCGGGGGCUGACUGAACACCGCACACUGAUGAAGGGGAAGGAAGACUUGUUCUCUAGACAGCAAUUUAUUUGUGUUUGUGUGUUUGUGCCACCCAGCUCAGUGCUUCAGAUCUCUCAACUGUGUGAGGAGCUGAAGGGAGUAGAAAGCACUCUCAACGCUCCCAUUUCCUUUCUUAGAUUUGUGCCCCCUCUAUACGCGCACACACACAAAUCUGUUGCCUUCACACUCUUACUUUGUUCUCUUCACUUGGUCUCUCUCUCUCUCUCUCAUCCUCCUUCCCUCUCUCCUCCCGCCUUUCCCACCCUCUCUCCAGAGACUCGUUGCACACUCUCAGCGCUCCUUUCUCUGUUUAAAUUGUGAACAUCACAACAGAACAAAUAAUGUCUCUCUAUUGUGCCACACAAGCGCACUAUGCCCUCUAGUGCUGGUGCUUUUUGCUAGGCAACGGACCUGAGUGGCUUUUUUUUUUUUUUUUUUUUUUCUCGGCGCGGGGCUUCAUUUCCUGUGCGUGGCUGUUGAUGACGGGUAUGCAUCCAGAGGAAGACAAAGAGAGUGAAAAGCAGAGAAAGAGGGAGAGAAUAGGCAGCUAAAGGAAGCACUUGGACUCAAAGGCUCAUGCACACACACACGCGCACACACACACACACACACACACACCACACACACACACACAUCAACCAACAAACAAACAAACAAGCAUCAGCCUGGGAGGAUGAGCGGAUGUGUGAGCGGCAGCUAACGGAGCUAAUUCCAUUUAACCCUCUGCCUGUGUGACACAGACCACAUCGCAUACGUCAGGCUGACACGAGGCGAAACGAUCGCUGGGCACUGAAUGUAUUCAAGCACCACAAGUGACUUCUACUUUUUAAGGAAAGAAAAAGAAAAAGAAAAAAAAGCUCAUUGAAAGCCCACCCACGUUUUGUUUGUUGCUGUGUUUAAUCUCUAACAAUGAUGCUGGUUGUGUCUUUGUCGAUUUAAAAAAAAAAAAGAAAAAAAAAGGAAUCCAAAAAAAGUUAGCCUUCUUUUAGUUUGUGUUGUCUUUAGAAAAUCUUGUCUGUCCUCCCGUCGCAGCGCAGCCUCCCCUCCCUCCCUCCCCCCUCCCUCCCUCCCUCCCUCCCGUUGGGACACGGCUGGUGGUGGAUCACCGUGGCCCCGCCCUGCUGUACACCGCGGCUUCUCUUGCACCGCAGCUAGAAAACGCCCUCGCUCCCAGCUAGAACGUAACUGUGCUAUACUGUAACACUACUGUGAAGAAAUACGAGUCGCCCCCCACUCCCCUCCCCCUUCCAGCGCUUCACUAGGAAAAUGAAGCACUGCUAAGCCUCGAGUUUGUUUAAUAGACGGUAGAGAAGCUUCAGACAGCUGAUUGGGUUCCAAGAAUGGCGACGGUCGGCGCCAGUUAGCAUCAAAACGAUCGGGGCUUCCACUGAGGUCAGCGUCUCCCCUUCUCUGAGCUUUCUUCCAUUUCACUCAUCGUCCACAAGCUGUCCACUCUUUGGCCCUAACGGUUUGAGUAAUAAAUAUGUGUGGAAGCAGGUUUGAACGCAGUAGUCCUUGGAAAGAAAACACCUUCCUUCCUUUUCCUUUUGUGAUCUCGCUUAAAAAGACGAAUGAAAGCGUGUUUGUAUUCGCGUCACUUUGUAUUUAGCUCCGAGUGAAAGUUUGGAGGAUGACGCUGUAAUCAACGAACCAAAAAAGCCUUGUCUUCUCUGUAAACUAACUCCUAGGCCUCAACACGUGUGUUCUCCUGGCUGUUGAUGUUGUAUAAUGCAACCCCUUUAAAUACAAACUUUUACCGCCACGCCCAUCGCCCAUCGCCCAUCCUGUAAGCGAAAUGAGGUUCUGUACUUUUGAUUUUGUCAUGUUUGUGAAGCAGAAGUCCUCUGUGUGGAGUCUAAAGCAUGAAUUAUACCGGCCGCAGCCCAGCUGGCGCGCGCAAAUGUGACGCCACGGGAUCGCCGUGACUAUUUCUACCCGCGCUGGUGGUCGCGACACCAGUUGCAGUGAACAGCGGUGGCGCUAAUGAGGAAAUGCUACCGACUUUGCUCUUUCUACGGACCAGAAGAAGAAGAAAAAGGUAAACAACGGCAGAACUGGCAGCGGCAUUGACGUCGAUGCUUGGAUCUGAUUGGAUGACCUACUUGGUGAGAUCAUUCGCCAUAAAAGAAAAUCUUAACCCAGGAAGUUUACAAGAGAGACUUGCGGUCGCUCUGAGAGUCCUGGCGUCACGUUCCCCUCGAACUCGUCCGUGCUUCCUGUUUCCACGUUGUCGCGCAUCGCC